AUGCCAUUCAGUUUGGUAUAUGGAAUGGAGGCAGUAAUCCCUGUGGAGGUGGGGCUUAGCUCGGCAAAGGUGAAUACUUUUGCUUAUGGGGAUAACGAGGGACUGCAACAAGAGGCGUUGGAUCUAGUUGACGAGCUGCAGGACCAAGCCAUGGUAAGGGUGGCAGCUUACAAGCAACGUAUGAGAGCGGCCCAUGAUCAGACAGUCAAAGCUCGGCAGUUCCAAGUGGGGGACUUGGUGUGGAGGCAGGCUGAUGCUUUAAAGCACGUGGGUAAGUUACAACCUAACUGGGAGGGACCCUACAAGCCCGACCUUGACCUUAGCCACAUCCAGCACUGGAGCCCACCAGGGGGCGUCAACCGGCUGAGACUUAUCUCCGUUCCAGCCCAUUGGGUCUGGAAGGCCGGUGACCAUGGCAGCCUUUUCGACAGAGCCUCUAAAGCUGGGAGUUUGGACCUGGGCCAAGCAGCGGGCUACCCCCUCGUUAAAAUACCAGAGACAGACGGGGACAAGCUUGCUGAGGUAGUAGGUGGUGUGGUCAUAAUACUUCAGAAGCUUGACUCGGUAGUGCUCCAGGAAGCGGGCCCCGUUCACUUAAGAGAUGAAGGAGGCCUCGCCGUCCUCGCGAGCUUGGGCAACCCGUUGGUCCACGGCCAGCUUGAAGGACCCCAACUUGGCAUCCUUUGCGGCGAGAUGGGCUUGCAGAGCGGCCGUCUUGGCUUGCAGACCGUCUGCUUCCUCCUCUUUCUUCUGGCGAUCGAACGCCUCCCUUAUGCUGGCCAGCUCGGCCCGAGUGUGGUUCAGGUCGUCCUGAAGAGCUUCAACCUCGGACGUGCCCUGAAUCUGCUUGUGCAGAAUGAGGGCAAGACCAGCCAGAGCCUAGUAGAUUAG